CUCCGUUGUCUUGUCUCUGCAGCAUCCUUCUGUCUCAGGAGUGAGAUUCGUACACACUUCACCCAAUAUCCAACCCCAACCUCGCCUUUACACCCUCGAGAGAUAAGUCACACUUUAACGGCCUCAAUCUACAUCCUUACCUCAAAACCCUUCGCCUUAUUGCCUGUCGCUCCUUUCCUCUCCUCGCCUUCGCUAGCGCCUGCGCCUGCCCCCAAGAAGAUGCGACCAUGAUUUCCUCAUUAUCAAACAUCUUCACUCUGUCCCUUGGCCUUGCAGCCCUUGCCCGUGCACAAUUCGAUGAACAACUGGUAGGGACAUGGACAACAAAAUCCAGAAAGGUCUUGACUGGCCCUGGCUUCUAUAACCCCGUCGAAGAUCGAUUCAUUGAACCCGAGCUUGCGGGCAUUUCAUACUCCUUCACCGCCGAUGGCUUCUUUGAGUCAGCAUAUUAUAGAGCAGUUGCUAACCCCACGACGCCACAAUGCCCAUCAGCUGUCUUGCAAUGGCAGCAUGGUACAUACACCAUUGGUGCUGAUGGAUCCAUCAACAUGACUCCAUUCGGUGUGGACGGACGACAGUUAACCUCGUCACCAUGUUCGUACGACGAAGCCAUUUACAUUCGUUACGACCAACCAGAAAAGAUGGAACGAUAUGAAGUCCGGACAGACCCUUUCCACAACGUACCGCGCCUGAACCUUUUCCGUUUCAACGGCGUGCCCGUCCAACCUCUGUACAAACACUAUCUUACUCCUCAAAUGCUCCCAACCCAGACCUUGAAUCCAACAUCCACCCCUUCGGCGACUGCAGGCAGCAAGCUGAAGCGAGGGCUGGGAGGGGCUGACGGGUUAAGCCAACAAAUCUUGGAGCCUAUGGGUAAACCUGGCUUGGUCAAGACAUUGGAGCCCUUCAACGCCGAUAAGAUCUGGUGGGCCGGGGUAGGUCUCACCGCUGUCGGCACCGUCAUGUACAUUGCGACCUCUUCGUGAGCUUCGAGCUUCGUAUGUGCAUUGCAUUGCAUUGCUUGGAGUUCAUUGGAGUUGGGAAUGCGAUUCUACAGAGCUGACUGACCACCGGCGUGUGGCACUGCAGAUGUUUGACGUUGGAAAGGUGAUGUGAUACCGCUACGAACAGAUACAUCAGGUGGGGGCUAUAUCUACCUUGAUAUCGGCGAAUUUGUUUAGAUAGUGCACGAUUGGUCAUCCUUUUACGGCUCUGCACGCCUUUUGAUAUUGACGGCGAAAUAAAUGGAACGAAUAGGCUGAAGUGAGUAGAGUAUUGGGUGUCAUCUGCGAUGGACUGUAUGUAUACUAUCGAUGACCGUCCUACCAAUCUGAAUUCAGCAAGGUCGCUUUUGCUUGUACAAGAAGCCAAGCCCCAUGUUG